AUUGCCCCAAACCUGCUGUUUUCAUUUCCUCCUGGGAAGAAGCAGCACAGUAUAGAAAAAAGGCAGAACCACAUACUGAACCAGAACCUCUGCCACCAUGGGGAACUGGGCGGUCAACGAGGGGCUCUCCAUCUUUGUCGUUCUGGUGUGGCUGGGGAUGAACGUCUUCCUCUUUGUCUGGUACUACAGGAUUUAUGAUGGUGAAGAAAAGUACUAUUACACUCGAAAACUUCUUGGGUCAGCUUUGGCCUUGGCCAGGGCCCCUGCAGCCUGCCUGAAUUUCAACUGCAUGCUGAUCCUGCUGCCUGUCUGCAGAAAUCUGCUCUCCUUCCUCCGGGGUUCCAGUGCGUGCUGCUCAACAAGAAUCCGAAGACAAUUGGACAGAAACCUCACCUUUCAUAAAAUGGUGGCUUGGAUGAUAGCACUUCACUCUGCAAUCCAUACCAUUGCACAUCUGUUCAACGUGGAGUGGUGUGUGAAUGCCCGAGUCAACAAUUCUGACCCUUAUUCAGUAGCACUUUCUAAAAUUGGGGACAAAGAUGGUGAAAGUUAUCUCAAUUUCGCUCGAGAAAAAAUCAAGAACCCUGCAGGAGGUCUGUAUGUGGCUGUGACUCGCUUGGCAGGCAUCACUGGAAUUGUCAUCACACUGUGUCUCAUUUUAAUUAUCACCUCCUCCACCAAAACCAUCCGGAGAUCUUACUUUGAAGUGUUUUGGUACACACACCAUCUCUUUGUGAUCUUCUUCAUUGGUCUUGCCAUCCACGGAGCUGAACGGAUUGUACGUGGACAGACUGCCAGGAGUUUGAAUGACACUCAGCUACAAUUAUGUAAAGACAAUUUCUCACAGUGGGGAAAAGCAGACUGCCCAGUCCCGGAGUUUGCCGGGAACCCUCCUAUGACUUGGAAAUGGAUAGUGGGUCCCAUGUUCCUGUAUCUCUGUGAGCGGUUGGUCCGGUUUUGGCGAUCUCAACAGAAGGUUGUCAUCACCAAGGUGGUCACUCAUCCUUUCAAAACCAUCGAGCUACAGAUGAAAAAGAAGGGAUUCAAGAUGGAGGUGGGUCAGUACAUUUUUGUCAAGUGUCCCAAGGUGUCCAAGCUGGAGUGGCACCCUUUCACACUGACCUCUGCCCCUGAGGAAGACUUCUUUAGCAUCCAUAUUCGCAUCGUUGGGGACUGGACAGAGGGACUAUUCAAUGCUUGUGGCUGUGAUAAGCAGGAGUUUCAAGAUGCCUGGAAACUACCUAAGAUAGCUGUUGAUGGACCCUUUGGUACGGCCAGUGAAGACGUGUUCAGCUACGAGGUGGUGAUGUUAGUGGGAGCAGGGAUUGGGGUCACACCCUUCGCAUCCAUUCUCAAGUCAGUCUGGUACAAAUAUUGCAAUAAUGCCACCAAUCUGAGGCUCAAAAAGAUCUACUUCUACUGGCUUUGCCGGGACACACAUGCCUUUGAGUGGUUUGCAGACCUGCUGCAGCUGCUGGAGACCCAGAUGCAGGAGAGGAACAAUGCGGAUUUUCUCAGCUACAACAUCUACCUUACUGGCUGGGAUGAGUCUCAGGCCAAUCACUUUGCUGUGCACCAUGACGAGGAGAAAGACGUGAUUACAGGCCUGAAGCAAAAGACUUUGUAUGGACGACCCAACUGGGAUAAUGAGUUCAAGGCAAUUGCGAGUCAGCAUCCGAAUACCAGAAUAGGCGUCUUCCUCUGUGGCCCUGAAGCCUUGGCUGAAACCCUCAACAGGCAGAGCAUCUCCAACUCCGACUCUGGCCCUCGGGGAGUGCAUUUCAUUUUCAACAAGGAAAACUUCUAACUGGUGUCUUCCAUAAGGAAACAAAUUAGGUUAUGCUGUAUCAAAUGCCAAAAUAAUGUUGGUUGGAUGUAAGUUCCCUCCUCUUAAAAAAAAAAAGGGUGGGGGAAGAAACUAUAAUGUAAUGGAUUC